AUGGAUUUGGUUUCGAGCGUGCGCAAAGAAGGCAGCCGCGGCGGCCGCGGUGAGUUCAAAUGGUCCGAUGUCAAGGACUCGGUUCACAGGGAGAACUACCUGGGUCACUCUGUGAUGGCCCCGGUCGGCCGAUGGCAGCAGAAUCGAGAUCUCGGGUGGUAUGCGAAGGGGGAUGGAGAUGAAGAAGAACGGCUGCGUCAAGAGCGAGAGGAAUUACAGCGCGUCAAGGAUGCCGAGGAAGAAGCCAUGGCCGUCGCUCUCGGUCUUCCAGUACCCUCCAAAAUGGCCGAAAAUGCCAACAUGGUUCCCCUCGGCGACGGAGACACCGCCACCGCAGUCGAAGCCCUCGGCGAGAACACCGACGCGAUCGCAGUGGAGAUCGUCAUGACAAAGAUCGCAGACACCGCAGACACCACGAUGAUCGAGAACGCCGCCAUCGUCACAGAUCCCGCUCUCGAUCCCGCGGCCGAGACCACCGCAGACGUCGCUCGGACUCACGCUCCCCAAGUCGCCCCAGCCGCAAGGACGAAGAUCACCAGAGACGUCGACGUAUCGAGCGGAGUUACUCGCCAGCGCUUAGUCGGCGGCAUCCUGAACGUAGGAGGGAUCGUGACGAUCGUGAUCGUCGGCAUUAAGUCAGUCGGAUACCAAUUGCAUAUUUUUAGCUGGGCGUUGUAG